AUGUGCCAAUUGCCAAAAAAGAAGACCAGAAAGUUGCUCCAGCCUUAUCCGCUCCGGAAGCCGCCCUGCAUCCUCCUUUGGUGCCGAAGAUCGAUGCUCAAGGACGUUGCAGCUGCCACAGGGACCAAGCACCUGAGUCCGACUCAGCAGGGACUUCAGCCCGGAGCACAUCUCCGGGUCUUCACAGUAGCCAGUCCGCGAGCGGGAGUCUCAGACUCUCAGGGUCGCACCCGGGUGCGUGUAGGAAAGGUGUGGACUGAGGAAAGGAAGCUACGGUCCCGCCAGGGUCCCGGUGGACCUGGAGAGCAAAGAAGGGCGGGAAGGCCCCUGAAGUGGCUGGCUCUGGAAUGGCUACGUAUCCUUGAACAAGUCCCUUCCUUUCCCUGGACGGGCUGGCUGGGUGCCCCUGCGGUCGCGGCCGCGCAUGCUCUUGGACGGGCGGUACUCGGAGCGGGCGGCGGGCGGCGGGCGCCCCAGCUGCUUUGCAUUGACGCCAGCAGCCGCUGGAGGUCACCGCUGGGGGCUGGGCGCGGCGAGUUGCCCGCAAAACGCGGUCCGGAACCCGGAGCGGGAGCCUCGGACGCUCAACUCCCGGCUCGCGCAGCCGCCUCGGCGUUUGUCGACGGCGCGGCCGAACCCGAGCCGAGGCGCUCUCUCCUUCAGCGCGCCCGGCCCCAGCGUUCUCCCCGUAGUAGCUCCGAGUGCCGGCGCCAAGGGCUGGGCUCCCCUACGGUAGCCCGACUAGGGGUGCUCACCCAGCCGCCCGCUGGGCUGAGAAGCGGGCACCGCCAAGCGAGCGCCCGUUUCCUCGAGAGUCAGACGAGGCGAGGGCGGCGGUGCAAACGCGGCGCGGGCCCGCGGCUCCCGGUGGCGAGAGCGCAAAUCUCCUCCCCCGACAUUCCCCGGAAGCUCGGCGGCCGCGGCGCGCGCGGCGAUGUGAGGGAGACGGCGGCGGCUCCCGCCUCAGGAAGGGCAUGUUCGGAGGGGCGUCCGCGGCGCGCCUCCCGCCCCAGCGCCCCCUCCCCACGGCCGCUGCCGCCGCGCCUGCAGCGCGAUAAAAGGGGCGGCCGCGCUUCGACGCGAGACCCGCGCUCGCCGCCGCCGCCCGCCCGCUCAGGCCGCGAUGACACGGCGCCCGCAGCGGCCCUGAGGCGCCAGGCGGGCCCGUUUGCUGACCGGAUCGCGGCUGCCAGCCAGCGUGUCCGCGGUGCCGCCGCCGCCAGGAUGGGCUGCGCCCCGAGCAUCCACAUUUCCGACAACCGAGUGUCGAACCCCAGCGACAGCGACGGCGAGGACGAGGACGUCCCGGUCCCCGCGCUGAGGUCUAGACAGCGAUGGUCGACCGCGCCCGGGCUCGUGGAGCCUCGGCCUCGCGACAGCGGUGCCUCGAAGGCGGCCGCCGUGGCGUUGACCGACGCCAGCCGCCCGCGUUUGCGGACUGUCGCGGACCGAGGCAUAACGGGGCUCCGCCGGAUCCGCGGCGUCCGUUCGUUCCCAAGCUGGGUCGGACGCCGCGAGUCAGUUUUCUCCCAGAGGGUACUUUUAGUGUUUACCAAAGAAGAUAGCCAGUGUAAUGGAUUCUACAGGGCAUGUGAAAAAGCCGGGUUUAAGUGCACAGUCACCAAGGAGGUGCAGACUGUCCUUGCCUGUUUCCAGGACAAACUCCAUGACAUCAUCAUCAUAGACCACAGAAAUCCCCGACAGAUGGAUGCGGAGGCCAUGUGCAGGUCUAUCAGAUCAUCAAAAUUAUCAGAAAACACAGUUAUUGUUGGCGUAGUACGCAGGGUGGACAAAGAAGAGGUGUCUUUAAUGCCCUUCCUUGCCGCUGGCUUCACGCGGAGGUAUAUAGAAAACCCCAACGUCAUGGCCUGUUAUAAUGAACUGCUCCAGUUGGCAUUUGGAGAGGUGCGAUCACAGCUGAAACUCAGGGCUUGUAACUCAGUGUUCACUGCGUUAGAGAAGAGUCAAGAAGCGAUUGAGAUCACAAGUGAGGACCACAUCAUCCAGUAUGCAAACCCUGCAUUUGAAACAACAAUGGGUUAUCAGUCGGGAGAACUAAUAGGGAAGGAGUUAGCACAAGUGCCCAUCAAUGAGAAGAAAGGUGACUUGCUGGAUGCCAUAAAUUCCUGUGUCACAAUCGACAAGGAGUGGCAAGGAGUUUACCAUACCCAAAAGAAAAAUGGAGAUAACAUCCAACAAAAUGUGAAGAUAAUACCUGUCAUUGGGCAGGGAGGAAAAAUCAGACACUAUGUGUCCAUUAUCAGAGUGUGCAACGGCAGCAAUAAGGUUGAGACCACAACUGAGUGUGUUCAGACCGAUAGUCAAACAGAUAGUCAGGCAGGCAAGCAUAAAGACAGGAGGAAACAUUCGAUGGACGUCAAAGCGUUUUCCUCCAGAACAAGCGAAGUUUCCAAUCAGAGAAGACAUUCCUCUGUGGCCCGGAUACAUUCUAUGAUGAUUGAGGCACCAAUCACCAAGGUAAUCAAUAUUCUUAGCGCUGCCCAGGAAAACAGUCCUGUGUCUGUGACAGAAGCCUUGAACCAUGUGCUGGAUAUCCUGAGAACCACUGAACUGUAUUCACCCCAGUUUAAUACUGAGGAUGACCCUCACGCCACUGACCUCGUUGGGGGCUUAAUGUCUGAUGGCUUACGGAGGUUUUCAGGAAAUGAGUAUACUCUUGCAACAAAAAGCCUUCGGCCAUCUUCAAGCCAGUUGGCCGUCCCCAUCUCCCUUCAUGAUAUCCCACCACGGAUUGCUCAGGUCAUAGAAAAUGAGGAGCAAUGGGACUUUGACAUUUUUGAGCUGGAAGCUGCAACCCAAAAUAGGCCUUUGAUUUAUCUAGGUCUCAAAACGUUUGCUCGUUUUGAAAUCUGUGAGUUCUUACAGUGCUCUGAGGCAACGCUGAAAUCAUGGUUUCAAAUUAUUGAAUCCAAUUACCAUUCCUCUAACCCCUACCACAAUUCCACGCACGCCGCGGAUGUGCUUCACGCCACUGCGUAUUUCCUUUCCAGAAACAAGUUAAAGGACACUUUAGAUCGCCUUGAUGAGGUUGCUGCCCUCAUCGCUGCCACCAUCCACGAUGUGGAUCACCCCGGGAGAACCAACUCUUUCCUCUGCAAUGCGGGAAAGGAGCUGGCCGUACUGUACAACGACACUGCUGUGCUAGAGAGCCACCACGCAGCGCUGGCCUUCCAGCUGACCCUUGAAAAUGACAAAUGCAAUAUCUUUAAAAACACAGACAGGAAUGACUACCGGACACUACGCCAGAGUAUCAUUGACAUGGUCCUGGCCACAGAGAUGACAAAGCACUUUGAACACGUCAACAAAUUUAUCAACAGCAUCAACAAGCCUCUGAAAGCACAGAAAAACGAGGUUCAGGAAACUGGCAGAAGUGUGGAAGAUAUAAAAGCUAUGGUCAGGACUCCAGAGAGCCGGACUCUCAUCAAAAGGAUGAUGAUUAAGUGUGCCGACGUGUCCAACCCCUGCCGGCCCCUCGAGCACUGCAUCGAGUGGGCCGCACGCAUCUCAGAGGAGUAUUUCUCCCAGACCGAUGAAGAGAAACAGCUGGACUUGCCUGUGGUGAUGCCAGUGUUUGACAGAAACACCUGCAGCAUCCCCAAGUCUCAGAUCUCCUUCAUCGACUACUUCAUCACAGACAUGUUUGAUGCCUGGGAUGCCUUUGUUUACCUGCCUAACCUUAUGCGGCACCUGGAGGACAACUUCAAGUACUGGAAAGGACUGGAUGAGAAGGAGCUGUGCACCCUCCGGCCCCCUCCAGAAUAGUGGGAGGUACACACUAGGCCCGCGGCUCUGCCCUUCCUUCUGGCUGCUGCAGUCCCUUACCCUUUCAAUGUUAGGCUGCGCGCUCCCCUCAUCUGCAGGGCCUGUGAAAGCACCGUCUGACGCCAUAGCUUACUGCAAGGCUCUUCAGUGAGGCUCCCAAGAUCUGUAGUUUGUACGGACUGUAUUACCACAGGACCAGGAGCCCUGCAGAGGUGACCCGUGGCUCUCCUGGCAGUGACAGCCACCAUGUGUCCUAAUUCCUUGAGCCUGCAGAGCAGCAUCUCCAAGGUGCAGCUCUGGUUGUAGAACACUGCUGAAAGGGAGUUCUCUCACGUUGACGAGCAAAUGGGACAAAGACAUUUAGGGUUGAUUAUCCCAAUUAUUAAAUGUUUUAUUUAUUUUAUUAGACAUUUGAUGUUUUCUAUGAAUCUUAAAAAUACUUCAAAGCCAAAGCCGAUUUCAGAUGCCUUGACCAAAUUCAUGACGUGUGUGCGUGAUUUGGUCACAGAUGUAUUUUCAUAAUGCAGAUUGAGAAUUUUAAAUGAUGCUUUUUUCCAUACUAUGGAAUUUGUUAAACUCUUCUCUUUGUUGUUAGUGGGAGAAGCUUUAUGUAGUGGGGCUCACUCUAGUAUGUACCAGAGAAGCCACCGUCUGUGCAGACCAGGUUCUCAGCAGCCGCUGUCGUGAGUUCUGCAGGUGCCUUCUCAGAGAAGAAAUUGGAUUUGACCAUUUCCCCCUGAAAUUUCAUAAUUGAAUUUCUAAAAGCCUGCCUCAUUUUAUAUCAUUUCUAUAAAAUGUGUCCUAUAAAAGCAAAGCCACCCCGGGCACCAGAGGCUGAUAUUUUACAACUAACAUGGGAUAUUGGAAUCUAGGAAUUUAGGGUUCUAUCUUCUCACAUUUCCAAUAGCACAAUACUGUAAAAGUGACACGACAAAUGCUAGUUUCAUUUUAAACUUGUAUUUUUUUCUGGAUGAAAUUAAACUAUUUGUUUUUAAGAAGUCA